AUGACACAGAGGUACCACGCACCACCAACAUGUCACAAAGGCACCACGCACCAUCAAAAUGACACAGAGGGACCACGCACCAGCAACAUGUCACAGAGGAACCACGCACCACCAACAUCUCAUAAAGGAACCAUGCACCACCAACAUGUCACAGAAGAACCACCCACCACCAACAUGUCACAGAGGCACCACGCACCACCAACAUGUCACAGAUGGACCACGCACCACCAACAUGUCACAGAGGAACCACGCACCAAAAACAUCUCACAAAGGAACCAUGCACCACCAACAUGUCACAGAGGAACCACGCACCACCAACAUGUCACAGAGGCACCACACGCACCACCAACAUGUCACAGAGGUACCAAGCACCACCAACAUGUCACAGAGGGACCACGCACCAUCAACAUGACACAGAGGUACCACGCACCACCAACAGGUCACAAAGGGACCACGCACCAUCAACAUGACACAGAGGGACCACGCACCAUCAACAUGCCACAGAGGGACCACGCACCAUCAACAUGA